UUUGCCCUUCCGUUUCCCUCGCUCCUAGAAACCUCUGUUCAAAACCCUAGCCCCUGCCAUCGGAGACACCGUUCCUUCCCCGAGAAGAGGAAAAGCUCCGUCACCAUGGCGUCUCACUCUCCAAACCUCGAGUGCCGCAUGUACGAAGCGAAGUACCCGGAGGUGGAUAUGGCCGUCAUGAUACAGGUCAAAAACAUUGCCGACAUGGGCGCCUACGUCUCCCUCCUCGAGUACAACAACAUCGAGGGUAUGAUCCUGUUCUCCGAGCUCUCCCGCCGCCGGAUCCGGUCCGUCAGCAGCCUCAUCAAGGUCGGCCGCAUCGAGCCCGUGAUGGUGCUGAGGGUCGACAAGGAGAAGGGGUACAUCGAUCUCAGCAAGCGCAGGGUGUCGGAGGAGGAUAUUCAGGCCUGCGAGGAGAGGUACAACAAGAGCAAGCUCGUGCACUCCAUCAUGCGCCACGUUGCCGAGACUCUCGGAAUCGAUCUCGAGGAAUUGUACAUCAAUAUUGGGUGGCCCUUGUAUCGGAAGUAUGGUCAUGCAUUUGAGGCCUUUAAGAUCAUUGUGACCGAUCCUGAUUCAGUUUUGAAUGCUCUCACUCGUGAAGUUCAAGAAAUUGGCCCUGAUGGACAAGAGGUAACAAAAGUUGUACCAGCUGUGUCGGAGGAAGUCAAAGAUGCAUUAGUGAAGAAUAUACGGCGAAGGAUGACACCACAACCAUUGAAGAUCAGGGCUGACAUUGAAAUGAAGUGUUUCCAGUUUGAUGGCGUUCUCCACAUCAAGGAAGCCAUGAGGAAAGCUGAAGCUGCUGGAAAUGAUGACUGUCCUGUGAAAAUUAAAUUGGUUGCGCCUCCACUAUAUGUCCUAACUACUCAAACUCUUGAUAAGGAGCAAGGGUUAGCAGUUUUAAGCAAAGCGAUUACAGCCUGUAGUGAAGCCAUAGAAGAACACAAGGGGAAGCUCGUGGUGAAGGAGGCUCCUAGAGCGGUGAGUGAACGGGAUGAUAAGUUGCUCGCUGAGCACAUGGCGAAGCUCCGACAGGACAACGAGGAGGUCAGCGGGGACGAAGACAGCGAGGAGGAGGAAGAUACAGGUAUGGGCGAUGUUGAUCUGGACAAUUCCGGCCAUGGAAUCACGGAGUAAAGUUGGGGAGUGGUUUAGCCCUAUAGGUCUACAUUUUCACUGAAUUUUUCCCUGACAUCCAUCCUUAGCUUCUUGUAAUUUUGUUUUUUUCCAAUUAUACCGAGACGAGUGUCCUCUGCGGUUUGGUAUAAAAACCAGCUUGAGAUACUACAAUACAAGUUGUUGAUCAUUUAUCAUUCUCGUGAACUUCCGUUU